UCCUACUUUAUGAGUAUGGUUACGAGUAAAUGAAAGAAAAUGAUAAAAAUAAAGUACAUGAAAGAAAUACAUGGAUAAAAAUGAUUAAAAUCGUUGGAAAUGUGAACAUAAACAAUAUAUCUAAAAAUACGAGGAAUUAGUGUAAGAUUCAAAGGUAAGACGAUCUAUUGGGUUGGGGUAUCAAUUUGAUCUUUGAGAGUCCUUUGAUUCAAUCGUGAUUUUAAGAAUUAUAUAUUUUUUCAAUCAACUACUUUGUUUGAUACUGAGAUAAGCAAAUAUGUUUUUAAAUGUAUAACACCACGAGACUCAAAUAAAAAAAAUAAACUCCCUUACUAAUUUAUCCUUCUAAUUUGUAAAAAUAAAAUUUGGAUUUUAACAUAAUAACUUAAUCACCACAUUCGCCGGGUGAAAUCUUGUCUUCAUUUUUAUUGAUCUAUCCUCGUCCCGUUCUUUCGAUUCUCACUAAGCUUGUGUCCUCGUCUGGUCGCGCGGCCUACAUUUUAAUACUUCAUGUUUACUCCAUGGACGAACUUGAACUCCAUUUAAAGUACUCACUUGCAAGUUGCAAUCUUGUAGUAUUAUUGUCGAAUUGGAUAAUGAAUCACAAAAAAUAAAUCGAUGUAUAAUUAAGUUUGGCUAAGCUAAGAGUUUCGUCAUUCUCAGCAUUCAGCAUUUUUCUGUCCAUUAGAAGGCAGCCAUGAAAACCAUAGGAAUAGCAUGGCCUGAAUUCAAUGAAGGUCUCACUUACAACGAUAUUGUUUCGCCUUCAAAUUCAGGUCUUACUUUGAUUCAGUUUUACUCUUCCAAUCACACUAGCUCUGCUCCAUUGCAAGGUUGGCUGCAGCGAAUUCAUAAUGGCCAGAUUUCCAUGGAUGGUAACACUGUUACUGAUCCAAACACUAUUAUUAGAGUAGGCUCAAAGUUGGUGUACCAUCGGCGACCAUGGAUAGAGCCUGAGGCACCUUUCUUGCUUGAAGUGCUUUAUGAAGAUGAUGACAUGAUUGCUUUAAAUAAGCCUUCUGGUUUGCAAGUUCUUCCUGGAGGACUUUUCCAGCAGCGCACUGUUCUGACACAACUAAAGUGGCAUUCACAGAAGAACGACACUCCGGCACAGGGUCAAAUACUUCAUCCUGCUCCUGUUCACCGUCUAGGUCGGGGCACAUCAGGUGUACUUCUUUGUGCGAAGACAAAGCAUGCAAAGGCUUGCCUUGCGACAUAUUUUGCUGAUGGGACAUCAUUGGUGAGAGGGAAAAGUGAGAUGAACUCAGAUGUUGGAGUGGAACGAAAGAUUACCAAAAUAUAUCGGGCUUUAGUUAAGGGGAUCAUAGACAAUAAUGAGGUGCUGAUUGACAAGCCAAUCGGAGUUAUGCGAUAUCCUGGGGUUGCUAAAGGUCUAUAUGUUGCGCUAUCAUCAGGUAAACCAGCCUUGAGCAAAGUCAAGGUUCUUGAAAGAGAUGUUGAGAAAGACCGGACACUAGUGCAGGUAGAGAUACAUUCAGGAAGACCGCACCAAAUCCGUAUUCAUCUGUCCCUGAUAGGUUAUCCGCUCCUAGGUGACCCUCUUUACGUUGCUGGCGGGCAGCCUGAAUGUUUCGAUUCAGAACUUGUUGAGGACUUUGCUGAAGAUGGAUUAGGAGAGAAAAGAAAAGAAAGGGAAAGGAAACGGAGGAGUAAGGAGGGAGAUUGCACUUUGUUUAGAAGGGAAGGGGGGUAUCAACGGCCGACAAAACCUGUUCCAGGAGAUUGUGGUUAUCACUUGCAUGCACAUGAAGUGAUUCUAUCCCAUCCUACCACAAAUGAGGUGAUUAAGAUUAUUGCACCUCUUCCUUGUAUGCUCAAGUCAUUGGAAGAAGCUAAUCAGGAAAUUGUCACCUGACUUUUUAGUACACUUGCACCUGCAAAUUUUGUAGUUGCCGCAAAUCUGCAACAUCUUGUACUCUUGAUCUGAUUCACGUAAAUUGAUUAGAGCUUUUCGAAUCUA